AUGCUCAUGGAAAAUUUCUUACGCUCAAAAGAGUAUUGGCACUUGGUAGAAGAUAGAGUUCCUGCAGCAGCAGAAGGAGAUACAGCAAAAGACAUAUGGGACUCUCUGAAGCAGAAAUAUCACGAAACAACUCGUGUUAAGCAUGCACAGCUGCAAGCUCUUCGAAAAGACUUUGAAAUUCUUCACAUGAAGACUGGAGAAACUAUGAAUGAGUUUAUUGCCCGAACUCUUACCAUUGCUAAUAAAAUGAAAGCAAAUUUUAUUGCCCGAACUCUUACCAUUGCUAAUAAAAUGAAAGCAAAUGGUGAGGACAAGGGAGAUGCUGUUGUGGUUGAAAAAAUUCUAAGAUCCAUGACUCCCAAAUUUAAUUAUGUUGUUUGUUCUAUUGAAGAAUCAAAGGACACAAGCAUGCUAACUAUUGAUGAGCUUCAAAGUAGUCUGCUUGUGCAUGAACAACGCAUGAAUUCUCAGAAUGAAGAAGAGCAUGCUUUGAAAGUUUCACAUGGAGAUCAUUCUGGAGGAAGAGGUCGCGGUAAUAGUCGGGGCCGUGGACAAGGCAGAGGCAGACAGAGUUUUGACAAAUCAACAAUUGAGUGCUACCGUUGUCACAACCUUGGGCUCUUUCAAUGGGAGUGUUCACAAAAAGAAAAGGAGGUGCAUUUUGUUGAGGCGCAAGAAGAGAUGUUGUUGAUGGCAUAUUUGGAAACAAAUAUUGCCAAUAAAGAAGAUACUUGGUUUCUCGACUCAGGUUGCAUUGUUUCUCGAACUCCAGGUUUGCAGCAAAUCACAACUCAUGGUGGCGGGAAGAAGGAGUAUUUCUUUGAAAUUCUUCGAUGA